AUGUACAGAGAGUUUAGUUGCCUGCUCGACCCAUCUCACCAUCCUCAGCUCAAUCUGUGCCAACAAGCAAAAACCUUCGAUGCUAAGAAAGCUCCUCUCAUGGCGUCCCUCAACUCACAAACCUCAAACAGCUCUAACCCUAACCCUACGCCCAAACACACCAUUUCCCUCUCUUUCUCGUUUCCUAACCCACUCUCUACCCACUGACCCUUACGACCCUCCAUUUUCUCCCACUUCCAAACCCCCAAAACCCAAGAAGACCAAGAACAGCCCCAUGAAAGACGCGAUCCGGACUGGGCCUCUCAAGUCGGACAUUCCCUUCGACUUCAGAUACUCUUACUCCGAGACCGACCAGUCGGUCGAGCCCAUCGGGUUCCGAGAACCCCCGAGGUUCUCUCCGUUCGGUCCGGGCCGGAUAGACCGGGCAUGGACGGGGACCUCCGCCCCGGUCCAUCAGGAAGUGGACCCGGAAAGUAUCGCGCAGGAGAGGAACCGGGUUCUCGGGGAUCCGCUUUCCGAGGAGGAGAUCGCGGAGCUCGUGGAACGGUUCCGGCACAGUGAUUGUUCUCGGCAAAUCAAUCUGGGGAAGGGGGGAGUUACUCACAACAUGUUGGAUGACAUCCACAACCAUUGGAGAAGGGCUGAAGCUGUGAGGAUCAAGUGUUUGGGUGUGCCAACCCUUGAUAUGGAUAACAUUUGCUUCCACCUUGAGGACAAAUCUGGUGGGAAGGUUAUCUACCGGCACAUUAACAUCCUUGUUUUAUAUCGGGGUCGAAACUAUGAUCCAAAGAAUCGGCCGGUUAUUCCUCUAAUGCUGUGGAAGCCUUAUGCACCUAUAUAUCCAAAGCUUGUGAAGAAUGUUGCUGAGGGGUUAACAUUUGAGGAAACGAAGGAAAUGAGAAACAGAGGACUGACUUCUCCCCCAUUAAUGAAACUUACUCGGAAUGGUGUGUAUGUAAAUGUUGUGGAGAGAGUGAGGGAAGCCUUCAAGACAGAAGAAGUGGUGAGACUAGACUGCACCCAUGUUGGUACCAGCGAUUGCAAAAGAAUAGGUGUGAAAUUAAUGGAUCUGGUACCUUGUGCCCCCAUUUUGUUCAAGGAUGAGCAGAUAAUACUUUGGAGGGGGCAGGGAGAUCAAGAAGAGUAGUCUAAUGUAUCAAAGGAAGUUACAAGUGCACUGAUGCUUGAGUGCGGCCCAAAAAUUUGUUGGACUAAUUUUCUGUCAGUGGGCAGCUUUUUUGUCUUCUCCAAACAAACAGCAGGCUGCUAAGAGAAAAGUUGGUUCACACAGUACCAUGCAUAAAUGACACUGUUGGAUCGAUCCCAUGAUCCCAUUUCAGUUCC